UUGUCUUCUCAUUUAUCGCGCGCCACAAAUUCUUCUUCGUUAUCAUCAGUCUAUCACGAACAUCUUUAUGUUUGAAUGGCUUCCGCGUCCAAAAUCAUAACUUAUAGAUCUCGCAGAAGCAAGCCUGGUAUGGAUCUAAUGAGUCAACUACCACAUGAUGUAAAGGACAGAAUCAUGGAGUCUCUGGACACUCGAGACGCUGCACGAAUGGCUCUUGCUUCAACUCAAUGGAAGAAUGUCUGGUUGCAGCAUGACCGGCUUGUGUUUGAUCAGGAGUUCUUCGGAUGGAUUGCGCAGUGCCUAAGCCACGAUGAUGAUUUCUCGGCCGCCUUCAGCGUGAUGAAUCACAUUCUCAUGCUCCGAGUUGGACCCGUUAAGAUGUUUGUGCUUGAGGUUUCCUCUUGGCAUCCAACCCCGCUUCAAUCUGAUAUCGAUAGGUGGUGCAUUUAUCUGUCCAGAAAUGGUAUCGAGGAACUUCACCUCACCAUCUUUGAAUCAUUCCACACUCCUAUACCUAAAAAGCUACCGGUUUGUAUAAUCUCGUCUUCGACACUUAUACACCUCGAACUUGAUGGUUUCACUUUUGCUUAUCCAGCUAAAGCAAGUAAAUUUUUCCCUGCUCUCAAAUCAUUGGAAUUUCAGUCUGUUGAGUUUAUGCCUAGUGUUAGUGGGAUUGUUUUUGACAUUCCAAAUCUUAAGCAUCUGGCUUUCCAUUUGUGCGAUGAUAUCCACAAUUUUGUGAUCAAAGCUCCAAAACUGAAAAACUUGAUUGUUUAUCCUAUUUCAAAAUUUGAUAAAUGGAAAUGGUUUGAGCUUCAUUUUCCAGUGAUUCAAGCGCUUGUCCUGUCUACUCAUUCAUUUGCGUGUACGGAUAGAGAUAUUGCCUUGGCGUUGCCAGCUGCAUUAAAUCUCCGAAUGAUUGAGCUGGAUAAGUUCAAGUUCGUUUGGGGGAAGCAUUUCAUUUUUGCGCUACUAUUGAUUCAAAAAUGCCCAAAGCUAAGCAAUCUGAAAAUUGUUCAAGAAGAAGAUGACAUUCUUUGUUUUAUAGAAAACGAAGAAAAUGAUGGAAGUCCAGAGGACUCAGAGGAUUGGUUGAUAAAAAAAGAUUUGAAAAUGCUUAAGACGCUGAAGGUGGAAUCAUAUUGUGGAACCAGACUCGAAGUUUUCUUUAUAAAAACAGUCCUUUCAAAAUCUCCAACACUUAAACAAGUUGUUAUAGUGGAAUCACGUGCUAAUGUUGAUGUCACUAAGGCUCUAAACAUGUCAAAGGAGGAGUUGUUGAGCUUCCCUCGCGCUUCUGCAAAAGCACAAAUCAUCUUUCGAUAGAGAAAGCUUUUCGUAAUAUCUUUUCUAAAAGAGUAUACCAUAAUUCAUCCGCUAUGACUAGUCCCAGCAAUGGCGACAAUUUCUCAGUGGUUAAUACGCAUCAUGACAGUGAUGUAGGCAGGAUACACCGCGCUGGGAAGGUAUAGAGAAUUUUACAUAAUAUUUUUAUAUAAUCUGUUUACAUUAUAAUUGAAAUCAUUUUUGAAAUUUAGGGUGGGCCGAGGCCUAGUAUUCCUCCAACUAUGCCCUUGAGCAGGAGUGGUUAGGCUUCUCCACUUGUAACAUAAAUUGUGCAAUCUCUUGCGGGUGUGUAUAGAACAUUGCCCAUUGAGGAUGAAGAAGAUCAAGGGCUUGUGUUCGAUGACAAACAGAUGAGUGUGGCGAAUUAGGUUAUGAAACAACCUUAUGACUGAACUUAGGGGUGGACUCUGUCUGAUGGUCCGGCCCGGUUCGAAACCAGGUCCGACACUAUUUGGGAGUGGACCGGGUUAGAAUUUCCGGUUUCGGGCCUAUGAGUGGCCCUGUCCGCCCAAGAAUGGUUCACGGUCCUGAUUUACACUCUUGAUUCACCUAUUUGGGAACCAAAUCAGGUGGUUUGGGUCCCAUUUUCGGUUUGAAAAACCAAAAAGGAAUGCUCUAAAACCAUUUUGCCCUAAAAACCCAAAUCACUUAACCUAUACAUUACUAACCGAAAACAGCUUUCAAAUCCUACUUUUUUCUAAAUUCAUCUAUAUUGCACAUUUCCAUUAUAUUUCAUAGAUUGUGAUGGCAGAAUGUGUUGCAGUCUAUGUGGAGUGAUUUUAGUACCUAUGUGUGGCGAACAAUAGGAUUGUUUUCUUUAGAUUAUUUUUCAGUUAAUUUAGUGUGAAAUUCAAUUACAAAAUCGUCCUUUUGACAAUCUAUAUGUUUCUUAAAAUGGAUAUUUAUCGAAGGGUUGUUUUAAGGAAUAGUCUGUCUAUUUUUUCCACCUUCUGGUGAUUUUGGCUACUUUUUGCAUCUAUAAUGAUUUCACCAAGGUAAAUUGAAGAAUAUGAAAGUCAAACAUGAAACAUGAAAUUUAUGAUAAAACCCUUUUUUCAAAUUUUAAUUGUUUAUUGUUAAUUUUGCUUGUUCCCAAUUGUGAAUAGACUUCAAGCAUUGUUAUUUUUAUAUCUGGUUUUUUUUUUUUUGAUGAAAUGUUGUGUUUUCUAUUUCAUCCAUUUGUGCUUAGAAUGCACUCAAGUUUUUCUUGUCAUAUCAAUAAUCGAUAAGGUUAUUGUUUGGUUUCUUUUUAUUUAGUUUUUUAUAUUUAUUUCAUAUUUAGAUCCUUUACAAAUUACAAAAAAGAGUUGUCACAAUAUUGGCUUAUUUUAAUUCCAUGACUAUAAAAAGUUUGAGUUUUUGUCGCAAGUUAAAGAAUUGUUAGUUGACUUAGUUAUAUUACCUUCAGUUGAUUCCUCUUGGUAAUGUGAAUUCACUUGAUAUUUUUCUAAUUUUUGGAGGAUUAUUAUUAGGAAGAACUGUCAAUUUGGUCUUCGUACUUUCACGAAAAAGUCAAUAAGGUUAUUGUACUUUUAAAAGAAUCAAUCAAAUUCUUGAACUUUGAAAAAACGUUCAAUCGAGUACAUUUUGAAAAUUACUUGCCAUGUCAAGCAGGUCACCCGAUGAUGUGGCGCACACAUGGCGGUCCACGUAUGAGCGACGUCAUCAAAAAAAGGCUGAUGGGACUUCCACAUGUGUGCCACGUCAGGAAAAUUAUUACUGAUUGGGCUGCCACAUGAGCGCCACGCUAGCGGAUGACCUGUUGACAUGGCAAAAUGGACUCAAUUGAAUGUUCUUAUAAAGUUCGGGGAUUUGAUUGAUCUUUUUAAAAGUACGAGGAUUGAAUUGACUUUUUCAUGAAAGUACGAAGACCAAAUUGACAGUUUCCCCUUAUUAUUAUGAUGCAGAUUUACACAUAAGGUGAAAAGUGGAAGCAAAAUCAAUUGUAUUAUUUUUUAAUAUUGACCAUUGAGGCUAGAAGCAGAAGAUAAAUCACCCGACAUUAUUUAUUGAAAUAUUAUGGUGUCUUUGCUAUUAACAAGCAUGCAUUAUACUGGGACAAAAAAAACAAGCCUGCACAAAUGGUGAGUUUUGUUUGAAUUUCUUCUUGUCCAAAAGUUACAUUUUCGUGUAGCAUCACUACAUAUUGGUCCCAUCCUAAACAUGAUGACGGGUUGCAAAGAGUUAUGUCAUGUCACUAUUUUGGACGCUACACCUCUCUGAAUAAUUUGCUCUUCUUCCGUGAUUACCUUAUUUUGUUCAACUAUAGAAGACUGGACAUGAACAUUUCUUCUUCGAAGUGCCUUCAAUGAAAAGGAACCUUGUAAAUUCAGACUCAUAGUUUGUAGCUCUCCC